CAAGCCAGUGCGCCCGCAACCGCCGAUCGGUCUGCACCGCGAUCCAUACUGCAGGUAUACACAAGCGGGAUCGGCACGCAACGCACGUGCCCCGCUCUUAUCGGGCGCUGAUUUACGUCUGCUCUUUCGUCUCUCCGCGCGAGGAAUUUCGAUCGGCCAAGAGGAGGAACGCUUUGUCGAGCCGACCGAACACUUUUUGCCGCUCUGCAGCUUUCUUCUUUUGUGUGUCGCGAGUGUGCAGUUCGCGUGUUAGUGUUUGUGUGUUCGAUAACGGCCGGCUUAUGAAGUGAAUCGGUGCCGGGAUUCCGUGCGUACACUAUUAUGCAACGCGACAGGUGCAUAUGAUUCUUCGUUGCCGAUUUUCCGCGUAAAAAGCCGAGGAGAGAAGAUCAGAACAGCAGCAGCCGUAUGAUGAUGAGGAGGAGGACCGGUAACGAAUGCGAGGCUUACGACGUGGUCCAUCUCAAUCCCACGCAAUUCCGGACCUAUUUCCCGCGCUCUAGCGGUACUCCCGCAGUCUCCGAGCUGUAUACCAGGCUGAAUUAAAGGAUUAUUCGAGGAGGAUCCAGAGUGAUAGCCCAGCGCUCUGCGGGAAGAGACAAUUAAUCGCGGAGAGAUUAGGCGCGCGAUGACGGGAUUCCCAGUGGAGGUCAGCCGGCUCUGAUACAGAGUGUCUUUUACACAUAUAGCGCGUGUGUAUAUGGAGAAAGAGAGGAAGGCGAGAGAAGAAGAGGCCAAACGAGAAUCGGCUGAAGCUAUGUGGGGGCCGUUCAGAAGCGGCGUCCGCCCGUUUUUCUUCCUCGCAUCCUUCGCCAGCUUCUGCCUCGGAAACUCGGCUGUCCUUGGCGAGACGAGCGGCGAUUUCGUUCCCACGAUACAUCCUGUGCCCAUUAACGAAACCCUCAUCCCUCACGAAUACAUAAAGCUUCCCCUGGUGGCGAAGUGCUGUAAACUCAACCAAGUCCUGGCGAAAAAUGAAAGCAGCGAAGAAGAGGCUACUUGUACAUAUUCAAACUCGACGGAAAAUGAGCAAUUCCUACCACUUUUCGAUGAAUUCAACGCGACGGGGCUUAUGCUGCCACAUUCCGUGCAGAAGGAAUUCGUUGCGGUCGUUGGCGAUCCCUGUCGUCAUAAAAGGUACAUGCUGGAACCGAGCGAGUCCGACGAAGAUGAGUACUACCUGCUGCUAAACGGAUCGAUUUACGCUCCGUUCCACAAGCCCCUGAUGCUCAUGCCGGGUAUCGACUACUGCAUGGAAGUGGCUCCGCCACUGGGACUCAGGGUCUUCGUCUGCUUUCCCGACGAGACGGAAGUGGCCGGAGCCAGCGACUCCCUGAUCACGUUCUACGCCUGCGGUCUCCUCAUCUCCGUACCUUUCCUCCUGCUGACGAUAGCCGCCUACGCCAUAACACCCCGGCUGAUGGACGUCCACGGCAAGGCUUUGUGUCAUUACUGCGCCUGUCUAGCUCUCGCCUUCACGACUCUCGCGGUCGUGCAGCUCGCCAGUGCCUACACCUCCGACGAGAUUUGCAUCUCUAUAGCGUUCGUCAUCCAGUUCUCUUUCGUGGCUUGCUUCUUCUGGCUGAACGUGAUGUGCAUCGAGACGUAUCUUCUGGUGAGGCGACACGUGGAACGAGGCAGCAACAGUCCGAGGAUCGAGCCGCGUCGACUGUUCUUUUACUACUCGCUUUGGGCCUGGGGACCUCCGGCUGUUCUCAUCCUCAUCUCGAUCUUCAUGGAUCUCAGUCCCACGAUCCCAAUGACCUACGUCAAGCCCAACUUUGGUACGAAUAGCUGCUGGUUUAAUUCCGAUCACGAGGCCAUGCCGUACUUCUACGUGCCGGUAGGCAUACUCGUCUGCAUCAACUUGAUACUAUUCGCUAUGACAGCCGUGGGUAUAACGCGCUACCAGCGCGAUCUGGACCUUCGCCGAAUGGCUCGUAACCAAGAGUCAGAUCGCGAGGAGCAACGUUUAUUCCGCCGCCUAAAACGCAUCUUCUUCGUCUGUCUCGGGCUAUUCUUCCUCAUGGGUAUGAACUGGGCAAUGGAACUGAUAUCCUGGUGGGCCGGUGGUGAUCCGCUCGCCUGGUCGGCCUUCGACCUCGUCAAUGCCCUUCAAGGUGUCCUUGUGUUUGGCCUCUUCGUACUUCGCAAGCCUGUGAGGAACAUCGUUUGGUGCAGGAUACAGAAACUGCGGGGUAUCGAGACGACCGAGCCUGAACUGGGCAGUAUGGCGUUGUAUCUACUGCCCGUCAUCAACGGCGGGGAUACCCUGCCUCGUGAGCGUAUCAGCUGAUGACGAAGAAACGCGAACUCUGACGAUUUUCCCGAUAACGACGCUGAUGGUGUUACAUGCGUGGAAUGACAUUGAUCGUAUGCGAUCGACAGCUUAUUUGUUUGUUUGUUCGAGCGGCGUGUACGAACGAGAGCGACGAACGAAUAGUUUGACAAAUUUACAUUUUUUUAGUAAGAAUGCUUGUUAAAUCAACGAACUGUCUUUGUACACAAAUGUAUGUUGAAUGUCUAAAUAAGUCGCAAGUUAAAUUUUGUCGUACUGCAAUGUUGCUAUGAUAAAAUACCUGCAAGUGUUCCACAAAGAUAACAAACAAAGAACUGAAGCAGUCUAUUGAAAUGUAAUGUUUCUUCGAAGAUGCUUGAACGAUAAACGUUUAUGGCGACACGAUCGAUUAAGAGUUCGAAUAAGCUUUUUAACACAAUUAAUUUUUCUUUCGAAAAUAUAAUUGAACUGAAUAUUCCAUUAAUCGCUAUGUUCAAAGUUUUAUUCGUUAGAAAAGAAAUCGAAGAUAAUCAUUUAUUGUUCUAGCACCUUCCGCUAUUUAUAAUAAUUUAUUUUGUACUUUCAUUCAUAAAUAUACGCCCGAAAAUCUUUCGUCCCCUAGAUUAAUGGAGAAUUAAAAACGAACGUGAAAAACGACGAAAAUACUACUCUCCAUUCGCGCUUAUGUCGCACACCUAUGUACUUUGUUCAUCAGUUGUACUAGUCAUACCCUAUAAAAAUAAAAGAAAUAUAAUUAUCUAAAUUUGUUCCGUAAGCGGUCAAACAACGCACAACUUGGCGCGUAUCUUUAUAUAAUAUAUACUACUAUUAUGUAUAAGCUCUGAAUAAUAAGACCGAGUGCCAGAAAAGUUGCACUCGUCAAAACCAGGUACCAAAAA